AUGAACCAAACUUUUUGGUGUAUCCGUCAGGGGUUGCAUCAGUUAUUUGGUACCCUAGCCUUCACUCUGGCGCUUCUCAAUCCAAUCGGAGCCCUAUUAAGACCAGAACCGGAUUCCCCCAAACGAUGGCUAUUUAAUUGGGGCCAUUGGUUCUUAGGCAAUGUGGCCCACAUUAGUGCCAUUACAGCCAUAUUCCUGGCCACAAAACUAUCAGCGGCUGACUUACCCAAACAGUUCGUGUGGGUUAUCAUCACUUUUGUCAUCUUCAAAAUCAUUGUUCAUCUGAUUCUUCAAUUUCACGCGUUUUAUGUGAAACGAAACAGAAGCUUUAAUCCGGUGGAAACCAAUGACAUUGCAAUGAACGACAUGUCCGACUCGCACGAUGACCACAGGGAAGCCGAUGGCCCGGGAAGUGGUUUCCGGAAAACCGUUUUAGUCGUAUACAUUGUGGCGCUCAUAGCUUUUGUGGUGGCAUUGGUUUCGUUGAUUAAUCUGCCAAAGACUACAUCGGAAUGAAUGGCAAUACAUUGAAUCUACUCUUAAUACUUUUAUUAAUGAUUUUGCAUUAAACGCUAAAUUUUAUAGUGAAAUCAAAUUCAUGUAUUAAUUCGUGAUAUCGAUCUCAAGCCAAUUCAUAUUAAUUUGUAAUUUGAG